AUGAAACUUGCAUUGUUGUUCCUUAUUUUCUUAAGUGUUUCGACGUAUGAGACGGCAUGCAUCUCCGAAGAUGAUGAUCGAGAUUUGGAAAGACAAGUUCAGAUGAUGACCAAGUCACCCAUGAAGACAUUUGUGACCAAGGAAGGAGACACCAUCGAUUGUGUUGAAAUUAACAAGCAACCGGCACUUGAUCAUCCAUUGUUGAAAAACCACAAAAUUCAGGUAGUUUCUUUGAGAGACGACAUGACAGAAAAUAUCAAAUAUGGAGGUUAUGGGAUAACUAAUAUCUACAAUCUAACCAUAGCUCAUGAUCAAGUCAGCUCACAUAACAUGUGGAUUGAAACAGGUCCCCCCGAUCAUAUAAGUAUGAUUGCCGCAGGCUGGCAGGUUUCUCCACAACUAUAUGGUGAUUCUCGGCCUCGGUUGUUUACAUAUUGGACGGGUAAUGGCUACCGUAAUGGAUGUUACAACAUGCUCUGUCCAGGUUUUGUCCAGAUCCACAGGUCAAUAACUCCCGGUUAUAUAUUCGAUCGGGCUUCCACUUAUGGCGGACGUCAAUUUGAGUUUUUUAUCCAAAUCUUCCAGGAUCCAAGUAAAAAGAAUUGGUGGCUGACUGUUGGUAAUGAAGGGGUUACAAUUGGUUAUUGGCCGAGUGAAUUGUUCUUAUAUUUACGCGAUGGUGCACUUCAUACGGCUUGGGGAGGAGUGGGUGUGGCUGGGAGAGACGGAGUUUGUCCUCCUAUGGGAAGUGGUCAUAAGCCUGAUGGUAGUUACAGCCACGCCGAGUACUUUCGACAACUUAAUUGGAUCGACGCAAAGGGUGAUUUUCAACGUCCUUCAACAAAAACAACCGAAUGGGUGGAUAAAUCCAAAGUCUAUGAUUUGAAGAACUAUCGCCAUGUUAAAUUUCACAAAUUCGACUAUUGGAUUAGUUUUGGUGGUCCGGGAGGAUAUUGUGAGGGAGGGAGGGCUGGUUAG